AUGAAAUUCUUCAAGACCCCCAAGAGGCUCAGUGAAAUCCGGUUAUUCUUCGCCUUGGCCAUACUUUCGUCUCACCCUCCAGCCUCGGUGGCUCGGAGAUGCGGUGGUUGCCCUCUUAACUUUGCCCAACCUGGGGAUGGCGUCCACCUCGUCCUCCUCCUUCUGACUGUCAUUCCACGAGAGAGGCAGUCGGCUUCAAUGGGUUCUCCGCAUCCGAUUGGUGCACCGCUGGACGCACGAAUGAGUGUCUGCCGGCCACGUGCACCAUCCAGCCCUACUCACGCCUCGCCUGUGGCAGGGUACGAUCAAUUUUCGCCUAAUCACCUCGCCCAACUAGUGGAAUCGUCUAACCGCGACUCGGAAGUCUGCUUUCAUGUCGCCUCUCCCCCCCCCAAUCGGCUGGCUGAGUACACGGCUGCCUGCGCGAGUGCACGCUGCUACCGCCUUGGCUUUGCCUCUCCUCUCCUCUCCUCUGCCGUGCCGCUCAGGCUCCGAUCUGACUCGAGCAGACUGUCGGUCUGUCUCAAUGUGGCUCCACUCGACCGAAGUGGGGCACCGACCGGCCGGCCCGUGUGUACGCCCUCUUCCGCCGGGCGCGGGCUUGGCGGCCUCAGUGGCUCCACGGCCCCGCGUACGUCUGCAUUCACAGAUGGCCUAGCCGUCCGGCCCUAG